AGAACGAGAUACUUACAGAAGACAAUCUUCUCCCACCUCAACCCGUUGACUUUUUCAAAGUUGUGCUAUUGUGUUUUCGACGUAGCUAGUUGACGCAGAGGGCAGCGUCAGAAAAGGGCCGCUAGUAUACUCAAUCUCAAUCUCAAGCAAAAAAGAUACAUCGAUAUUAGAUCAGGAGCGAUUCUUGAUGAAUGAAGAAGUGAAAAGCUGAGAAAUAUCGUGUCUUCCCUCACGCAUUCACUAUAUCAAAAAAGAACUCGCUGUCGUCUCCCUAUUGAAACAUCUCGUCUCCUGGUUGAAAUACUUGCUUCGUCUCCCUUUAAAUACAAAGACCUACGAAGAUGGCGAUGGAGAGUUCCAAUCAUUUCGAUGCCGUACAAGUGCUCGACGAGGAUACGCGGCCACUUGUGAAGAAGGACGAUGCGUCUGACGAGGAACUACAUGGAAGUGAUGACAGGCAAGAAACAGAAAAGGCAAGAAUGAAGCCCCCACUAAGUAUUGUCACGACGGAAAAGGGUGUGGCAGGAGCAAGCACUCACGAAAAGAAUGCUCUUACGAGUAUGAAGAUUAACGAAAACGGUGUGGAAAGUGUUAACGAAAAAAGUGUUGGUCACGUUAAAGAAGAGGAUGCUCUACUUCCCCCGCCUGGUGGUAAAGUGAAAAGCGACGAAUUUAUGCACUUCGAUUUUCCUCGGGAUACGGUGUGGCGACGCCAGGCGACUUGGUGCAGCGUGAUUUAUUUUACUAUCACUGUCGCUGCCUCCCUCACUUGGUCGUGGGAGUUUCUGAGUAACGCAACGUUUUCGCGAAGUGAGGAUGGCCGACCCUGGGUGCGAAUCAUUUCCCACGGUUGGUUUUUCGACAGGGAGUGGUACACUGGAAGUUACGAAAAACUACGACUCGCAAAUGUUGAAAUCAUUCGUGCUGCCACCGCUCCGACGAGUCCUCGCGCAGGAGGAAGAGGAGAAGAAUCGGAGGAUGAGAAGAGCCAGCUCUUCGCGAAGGCACUCAACGAGGAAAUAGUAGCCAGUCGUGGCUUAUCAAGUUCUUCGGUGUACAAGGUGAUGACAGGAAGCUACGAAGCGGCCGGGCUACCCUUGGCAAAGCUGCAGCCGGACGCAUUGCUUGUGCCGCGCAUGCUAAAUAACUUGAACAGCGAAGAUUCGUGGACCCGCGUCGCCGACAAAAACCAACUGAUGCUAUUUCUCUCGCAGCAUUUCGGUUGCAAUACACCGGCUCAAUCAAGAAGCACACGUGCACGAGAUCACGGAGUCUGUGAUAUGCUUAUCCCGUCAGGCCCCAUAUCUCUGGUAGAAGAGACGUCGCCGCAACGUGAUCAAGGAGAUGAUGAACAAGUACUACAGCAUGCAGGUCCGCUUUCACAGGAGGACGGCAGAGACCGUCUGAACUUCCCGUCGCAGUUGGAGAGGCCUACUCCCACCAGGCCCUGGAUGGUGAAGCCGGUUAGCGGAGCAGGUGGAAUGCUUGUCACGCACCUGUACAAGCGUGCGACCUCUCUGGACCAAGUGACUCAGUUACUGAGAGACAAUCCGAAAGUAAGUUUCAUUGCUUCCGAGUUUCUCAAAUCGUCUGUAGAAGACUCAGUGCAUUUCGUAUUUGACUCAGCCACGACUGGCAUCAUGGAAGAGGACAAGGACGAAACCACAGAGACUGGAGAUCGUAGCGAUUCUUCUUCUGACAACUACUCCAGCGCGGAAGCUACGGCUAGUGAUGGAACUUAUUUACAUGUUCGACAACAUCGUGGCUACGCAGAGGGUGGGAGCGAGAAUGUCAUCAGCCAUCAUGGGGGUUUCGCAGUUAACUCCGCACAAUUGGAUCCGGAUCCGAGUUUGCUCUCCAAGGUCAAAAAGAUCCUGCAGGCUUUGAAUUACAAGGGCCUAGGCUGUCUAGAUUUGAAAUACAAAAACAACGAUCUCCGCAGACCAGUCCUUCUCGAGAUUAAUCCUAGGACUUGCGGCGCAAUGAUGUGGUUCCACGACUAUGGGGAAUGGAUCCGAUCCUGGGCGUUGAUCGACGCAGACCCGCAGCACCCGUGUGAAAAAAUGAAAAGACUAAAAGCAAAGAAGCGUGGACUAGUCGCUCUCGCUGCAGAACAAGGACGACGCGCGCAAGUUCUACUUUUGCGAAAGCGAGGAGCGCUUGAUGCGCCGAUGAAGCACAAGCAAGACCAUGCCAGCGCAAACGUUGAAGGUGAAGAACGUGAAAUGCCGCCUCGACCUGAAAAGCCAACAGAUUAUGUUCUUCUAGUGGAAAAAAUCAACGCAGAAAUAAACUCGCUGAAAGGCAAAUGUGAGUGGAAAGAGGAGAAGCAUUUCCGAGCUUGGUCCUGGAGCAACUAUUUGUUUCAGACUGAACCACAAUCAUUCGGCAAAAGGGGGUCUCCUAGAUCGAUGGACGAUGGUACGGAGCCGCCACUUUCGGAGUUUCGCAUAAAGCCUUGGGCUUUUGCCCUCAUCUGUGCGUCGAUGGGACUAGUCUUUUUUGCACUGUUGAUGUGUUUUCUAGACUUUUUCUCCGUCGUGUGUGGCUACAGGUGCGACGACGCCAGUUGGGUCAACCUCUGUCUGUGCCGCUGCCGAUGCUGCUGCUGCUUUAGCUGUUGCCGCAAGUGCUACGAAGGGCCGGAAGACAAGCAUUGCCAUUUCCGCUGUUGUGACCGUUGGUGGGCGCGACCCGAGAAAAUCGCCGUUCUCGGCCCACCUUUCUAUGUGGUCAAAGAUCCAGCCUAAUGCGAAAAGUACACUGAGAAAAGAGUAGUACUCAGAACUACAACUACAACGCGAUGGUUAGCGUUACCGGAUUCUCUGUCUCUGUGCAACAGAAGAGGGAAGCGCAUCGAUCUGCGAAAUGAAAAUUAUUUUUUUUUGAGAUGUUUGUUAGAGUUAGCUAGGUGUGCGAUUGGAUUUGAUCAAAGACAACCGAGGGAGAACUACCUGAAAAUACAGCAAUGCUAGGCUCGAUCACUGCUAGUCAAAGUCAUCAAUGUACGGUGUGAACAAGAUGACCAGGAAGAGGAAGGUCAUGUAGAAGUUUAUAACAUGGAACAAGUAGAAAUGUUGACGUGCCUCUGAAUAUAAUGAAAUAAUUAAUGAUCACAUUCGAAUUCGAUGUUCAUCUUCCUCUUUUCGAGUUUCUUUCCUUCUUAGUUAGGGCUCUACAAGUACAACAAUAUAAUGAAGUGAAUAGUCAUGAUAUGCUCGACCAACGACCAACGCGAUUAAGGAAAAAAUGGCCAUGCAGGUACUUCUACGUUUGAACAACUUCAUGAAUUAUAUCAUUCAUUUUUUGAAUGAAAGACAAAAUUUUAUUCUCUUCUGAUCAGCAACCAAAAGACACGAGCUCCUAGUACUUAUUUUACGAGAUGAUACGAGCGGGGGAGCGUGAACAGUGUGAGACAGCUAAAGAUCGGAAAUUACUAUUCCGAAAGUGCUGUCUAACGUGGCAUCCAGAUAAGCGUCAAGAAAAAUUCGUUGCGACAUGCGUAUUUCAAUAUCUACAAGACGAGAAACCCAAGUUCUUGAAAUGAAAGACGACGUGGUCAUCGAGUUACUUGAUCUCAAGAUCAGAGCUCAAAGACGUACUCACAGGGAACGCGACGUGAGUAAAACGAUGACUGGCCACUGUCCGAGGAUAAGUUACAACUCUGGGAAUAUGUUGAUGUUCUUCUUUUUAUUGAUCUACUAGCAGGUGAUUUGACUACUGGAUUUUUGAAGAGUUGUGAGUAUUGG